UGAAGUGAAAUUAAUUACCGAUUUAAUUAAUGAUCCGUAGCAGCCAAUAGCAAGAGAGAUCUUAAACAUUUCAAUACCGAUUUAAUAUAGUGGUCCAAAUUUCUUAGCCUAAUCCAACCCACCGGACUGUAUAUUGUGAUUAAAAAAAUACUUACAUUAAAUCACGUUUCUUUUUUCCUUUUUGCAGUCCGCAUGAUGUCUCCUUCUCAAAAUCUCAGCUGGAGAUGGCUGGGGUGCGCGACAUUUUCACCUUAGUUAGGAAAGAUGAGGCAAGCUUGCAGCAGAAAAUAAAGACUUGAAGUGUAAGGCUAGUGAGUCCGAGAUUAGAUCGAUGAUCAGAAGACUAUAUAAUCUGAUGUUCCUAAUUUUUACGCAUUUUUGACAUAUAUAUAUAGACUAAUUUUUCAGGGUUUCCUUUUUAUAAUUACGAACUGAGCUGCAACGUUGCUGAUAAAUGUUUUCUCCUCAAUUCACUUCAUCUAUAGAUAAUUUUUCAACUCACCAUAAGAAAUGCAUAUCUCCUCCUACGAAUGUUAUAGAUGGAGAAUUCUAUCAUAUAAAACAUCAUAAACCAUUUGAAAUUACUACUGUACUAUCUAAUGAAAUCAGUUACCUUAACUGGUAUAAUAAUGUCGAAACCCUUUUACAAGAGUUUCCUCAAUUCCAGCCUUUCAUUAACUUACAAUUAUUACCCAUAAAUGAAGAAAAUGACGAAGAAUAUCAACAAAUUACAGCUGAAAGGGAAGCCAAUUGUGUAUCUGAUCUAGAAACCAACCAAUUCUUAAUAGAAAAAUUAGCACAAUCCAUUCAACCUCAAUUACACUAUUUGAUAACGUCUAAUCUGGUUUGCAAAAACUUUGAAAAUCUAAAGCAAUACUUCCAAACCCAAAUAACAGGAUUCUAUUUGUUAAACAUGGAGAAUAGUCUAACCAUUAACCUAUCAAACAUCUUACAAUUCUUAAUUGAUUUAGAUGAUUUAUGUAAAGUCUAUUUCUUCAUCUUUCGAGACAUGCCAAACCACCAACUAAAAAUUCAAUGGAUAAUGAAUUCAAUUAAUAAAUUAAAUAAUCCUGAACUUCAAUUGGAAGUACAAAUGAAUUGGGAAAAAAUAAAUCGAGAUCCAAUCUAUAUUCGAAAAAUACUAACUAUCUAUUCAAAUAAGCUAAAGUUAAGGAGAAAGUUCUAAACUCUUAUUCAUGUAUAAUUCAUUUUAUAAACCAACUUAUAAUUACGACAAUUUUAUGUUUUUAUGAUCUACUGUGUAUUCC